GUUGCCGUAGUCGGCCGGCGCGCCGGCCGUGGGGGAUUGUGGGAGAAGAUGGCGGCCGCCGUUCACCCUCGGAUUGUUCGGGCCCUGCCAAUGUCACGUUCUGCCAUUGCUGCAGUAGCCACGUCCGUGUUUCAUGGCCCACCCCGUCGCCAGCUUCAUCAUGCCGUUAUCCCUCAUGGGAAAGGUGGGCGUUCCUCAGUCAGUGGGAUUGUGGCCACUGUGUUUGGAGCAACAGGAUUCCUGGGUCGGUAUGUUGUCAACCACCUUGGACGUAUGGGGUCACAGGUGAUCAUCCCCUAUCGGUGUGAUACAUAUGACACCAUGCACCUUCGUCCCAUGGGUGACCUGGGCCAGCUUAUCUUUCUAGAAUGGAAUGGGAGAGAUAAAGAUUCUAUCCGACGAGCAGUGGAGCACAGCAAUGUGGUCAUCAAUCUUGUUGGACGAGACUGGGAAACCAAAAACUUUGAUUUUGAGGAUGUUUUUGUGAAGAUUCCCCAAGCAAUUGCUCAAGUGUCCAAGGAAGCUGGAGUUGAAAAAUUCAUUCAUGUUUCACAUCUGAAUGCUAAUAUUAAAAGCUCUUCUAGAUAUUUGAGAAAUAAGGCUGUUGGAGAAAAGGAAGUGAGAGAUGCAUUUCCAGAAGCCACUAUCAUAAAGCCGUCGGACAUCUUUGGAAGAGAAGAUAGAUUCCUCAAUCACUUUGCAAACAUUCGUUGGUUUGGUGGUGUACCUCUUAUUUCCCUGGGCUGGAAGACAGUGAAACAACCAGUAUAUGUUGUAGAUGUAUCGAAAGGAAUUAUUAAUGCAGUUAAAGAUCCAGAUGCCAAAGGAAAAACCUUUGCUUUUGUUGGGCCAAAUCGGUACCGCCUGUUUGACCUGGUGCAGUAUGUCUUUGCCAUGGCUCACAGGCCCUUCCUCCCAUACCCUUUGCCACGUUUUGCCUAUCGAUUAGUAGCAAGAGUCUUUGAAAUAAGCCCAUUCGAGCCCUGGACAACAAGGGAUAAAGUGGAGCGGAUUCACAUCACAGACAUGAUACUGCCUCAGCUGCCCGGCUUAGAAGACCUUCAUAUUGAGGCAACACCGCUGGAACUCAAGGCCAUUGAGGUGCUGCGGCGUCAUCGCACUUACCGCUGGCUGUCUUCUGAAAUUGAGGAUGUGAAGCCGGCCAAGACCGUCAACAUCUAGUGCCCCCUGAGCACUUGGUUUUGGUGUCAUUUGGGUCACCUGGCUGAUGGCCAGCCUGCAUUCUUUAGCAAAUCCUGUAUAUAGUGAAUAAGGUCUUCCCCGUAUUAAAACAUCUGAGGUUAAA